AUGUCCGCCCGACGACGAUCUACCAGCAUUAGCCAGAACAACGGUAGCAGCAGUGACUGGAAUAUCUUUGGCAGAACACACAAUCGUACCCGUUCCGUCGCAACAGACGACCCUUUCGAACGCGCCUCGUAUCGGAACUCGGUCUUGAGCUCCUCCAUGAAUCAAACGACCAUGAAUCAAUCGGCGAGGUCGAGAUACAUAAAAAUUGCAGCCGUGCUAAGUUUUGUGCUGCUGGCACUUUACUUCCUAUCCGGAAGCUCGAAGUCUGGUGUCAGCAGUGUGAUACCUGGCUCUACGUCAACGGCUGACGGAUCGAGUACCAAGAAGAAUGAUCCAUCAUGCACGAGAUACGUGUUGAUGAUUGAUGCGGGGAGCAGUGGGUCGAGAAUACACGUAUACAGAUUCAAUACUUGCACAAGCACACCCGAAUUGGAGAAUGAGGGCUUCAAGAUGAUCAAGGGCGGUCUCUCGAGCUAUAGCAAUGACCCAGAAGCCGCUGCACGAAGCUUGGACGAACUCAUGGACCUCGCCGUUACAACAGUUCCAGAGAAGUACAAGGCUUGCACACCGGUAGCUGUCAAAGCAACAGCGGGAUUGCGAUUACUCGGAGCCGAGAAGAGUGACGCUAUUUUGGCCGCUGUUAGGAAUAGACUUGAAACCAAAUAUCCUUUCCCAGUCGUUGAAGGCAAUGGAGUCGCCGUCAUGGACGGUAGCGACGAGGGUGUCUACGCAUGGAUUACCACAAAUUACCUCCUCGGCAAGAUCGGUGGCCCCGAUAAGUCUCCUACUGCCGCUGUUUUCGAUCUCGGCGGUGCCUCUACCCAGAUUGUCUUCGAACCCACUUUCCCAAUCAAGGGUGGUGGUAUGCCCGAAAUUCUUGCUCCCGGUGACCACCACUACGAUCUGAACUUCGGCGGCCGCUCUUUUGACCUGUACCAACACUCCCAUCUCGGAUACGGUCUCAAUGAAGCUCGCAAGGCAGUCCACAAAGCCGUUCUAUCCGCCAAAUUCGGUGACAGCCCUAUCGAUAACUCCAAGCCCAUCCUCAACCCUUGUAUCGCCCCAGGAAUGUGGCGAGAAGUCGAAAUUGAUGGUAUCAAAGUCAACAUGACCGGACCACCCCAUUCCGCCGCGCCACUCUGCCGUAGCUUUGCAGAAUCCAUCCUCCAUAAAGAUGAAGAUUGUAAACUCGCUCCUUGCUCCUUCAAUGGUAUCCACCAACCUUCCUUGGCGAAGACAUUUGCCCGGGAGGAUGUUUAUAUCUUCUCAUACUUUUAUGAUCGAACACAGCCCCUUGGUAUGCCUAGCAGCUUUACGCUCGAGGAGUUGAGGGAUCUAGCCGCGAAGGUUUGCGAAGGUGAGAGUGGGUGGACAAUGUUUUCGGCUGUUAAGGGUGCACUUGAGGAGUUGAGGGAUAGACCAGAGCAUUGUCUUGAUUUGAACUUCCAGUUGGCAUUGUUGCACACUGGUUAUGAGAUGCCAUUGCAUAGAGAGGUGAAGAUUGCAAAGAAGAUUAAGGGUAAUGAGCUAGGGUGGUGUCUAGGAGCUAGUCUACCACUAUUGGCUAAGAAUUCUGGAUGGAAAUGCAGAAUCCGCGAAGUCGGCCAGCACUAA